AUGAUUCUAAAGAACCAAGAGGCCUUGAGUGAUGAUGGUCAUGAUGGUGGUGGUGAUGAUUCAAACACCUGUUCAGAUGCCCCCAAAGAGAAAAGGAACAAACGAGCUCGGUCAGAUGUUAAAAUAGCAAAGACGGAUUGGACACUCCCAUGUGAAUGGGGUGACUGCCAUGAUAUCUUCACAGAAAUGGAACUGUUUCUCCGGCACAUGUCUAACCACCUCUGUCACACCGACAAUAUCACACAGGAAGGUUACCAGUGUAGCUGGAGGGCGUGUGGUACGGAGGUUCAGGGCGAGAAUUACGACUUCUAUCGUCAUGUUUACUUCCACUGUUUCCAUGUGAAGAUCAAAUGCAUCGGCUCACUGUUGAUCAACAAGCUGGGAAUGGACAAAUGUUUGUUGGAUACACACACACGAAACCUGAUCCCAGAACUUCCCGAGCGUCUCCAAUGUGGCUGGUUUAACUGUGAGGCAGUUGUAGACAAUCCAGAGAUGUUUUACCGACAUGUCGAUAACCAUGCCGACAACUGUAACGAAACAAAGAAAUCAAAACGAAGAAACGCUGCUGGUACCUGUGCUAAAUGUGAAUGGGAGGGUUGUGAUUUCGUGGCUGAGAACAGAUGGCGCCUUAAGGAACAUCUACGGAGCCACACCCAGGAGAAAGUGAUAGCGUGUCCUACCUGUGGGGGUCUCUUCUCAGCCCGCUGUAAAUUUAUAGACCAUGUCAAGCGCCAGGCUGAGACAGAUGUUCAGUGUUACCAGUGCUCCCAUUGUAACAAGAGAUAUUCCACAGAGAGGUUGCUACGGGAUCAUGUCCGUCACCAUGUAAACCAGUACAAAUGUCCGUGCUGUGAGAUGACAUGUCCUACACCCUCUGGUCUGAAGUCCCAUCUACGAUACAGACACACCAAUGACAAACCUUUUAAAUGUCAACAUUGUGAACAUAGUUGUAAGACUGCUGCAGAUUUACGGAAACACAUGGAUAGCCACACGAUGGAGGUGCCAUUCCGGUGUCAUGUACCAAACUGUGACUAUGGAGCGCGUACCUAUAGUAGUCUGUCGAACCACUUCAAACGUACACACCAGGAAGUCGAUGUCCAGAAGUAUGCCUGUCAUGUAUGUAAAUCAGUGUUCAGCCGAGGAUCAAAGUUAACAGUCCACCUGAAGAAACGCCACAAAUUCCGAUGGCCCUCUGGUCAUUCUCGGUUCAGAUACAAGUUACAUGACGAUGGGUAUUGGAGGCUACAGACCGUUCGUUACGAGAGUAUACAACUCACAGAACAAGUAACAGAUGAUUCGACAACAGAAACCAAACAGCCAUCUUCAUCCACAGAUUCUCAGUCCUCACAUGCAGCAGGGUCUGCCGAGCAGGAACAAGCAGAACCUGUCGCCAUGGAAACAGAAGAUUCAGACACAGAUACAGGUGAUAAAACCUAUGAGGUUUCCAUGGUAAAUGUUGCUGGGAAUUCUCAGUCACAGAAAGAAGGGGAAGACUCCAUUACAUGUAUUGCUCUGCCAGUUAAUGUUAACGAUUCUAAAUCUACAGAUGGUGAUUCACCGGCGGUUGCUACGGUAACUGAUAUAAGAAUUAUAUCUGGAGAUUAUGCUGUACUGUCAAACACUUCAGUCUCCUCACCAAUACAGCCUCUCUCUGAAACUGGAUGUGCCAUAAACAUUCCUCCAGGGGACAAAACUCUGGACAAAAUGCAGGAUGUGAAAGUUAGUUAUAACAAAGGUCAGGAGAACAAUCAGUCUUAUAAUCUGGAAAUGCUUGGCUAUGUUGCCAUGCAUGCGACAAACCAAACCACAGAACAAGGGUCGUCACAGUCGAGUUCUGAAGGAGAAGUACAGUCCAGCCCAGGCAAACCAGGCUGCUAUAAAACUCUGAAGAGUCAGGAUCUGUGAACUGUACACAAAGGAGUUUAGUCCAGUACUUGUCUGAGAGGUGUCUGCAGGACUCAAAAAAUUGUAGUCCGGUUAUUGUAUAGAAAGAAACCUACAACAAGACACAAAAGGAAAUCUAUGCUCAGACUGAGGAUUUGAUGUGAGAAGGGAAACCAAGCACUUGACUGGGGACUGUUGUGUGACAGAUACAAUAUAUCAGCAGUUGUUUCUAGUUUCACACAGUAAAUGUAACGUUAGAAUUUGUUACCAGUAGAUACUCAGUUAGAACCUGUCUCGUGCUUCAUUAUAAAUGUUAAUUUCUCGUGGAAUCCUCUAGGUGACCUAGUAAGCAGGCAGGAAAAUAUAAUAAAGAAAUGUUUAAUGGUGUAACGAUUAUAGAAUGUGUGAUGAUGUAAUUAUUACAGAAUGUGUGACGAUGUAAUUAUUACAGAAUGUGUGACGGUGUAAUGGUUACAGAAUGUGACGGUGUAAUGGUUACAGAAUGUGUGACGGUGUAAUGGUUACAGAAUGUGUGACGGUGUAAUUAUUACAGAAUGUGUGACGGUGUAAUGGUUACAGAAUGUGUGACGGUGUAAUGGUUACAGAAUGUGUGACGGUGUAAUGGUUACAGAAUGUGUGACAGUGUAAUGGUUACAGAAUGUGUCACGGUGUAAUGGUUACAGAAUGUGUCACGGUGUAAUUAUUACAGAAUGUGUCACGGUGUAAUUAUUACAGAAUGUGUCACGGUGUAAUGGUUACAGAAUGUGUGACGGUGUAAUGGUUACAGAAUGUGUGACAGUGUAAUGGUUACAGAAUGUGUGACAGUGUAAUGGUUACAGAAUGUGUGACGGUGUAAUGGUUACAGAAUGUGUGACAGUGUAAUGGUUACAGAAUGUGUGACAGUGUAAUGGUUACAGAAUGUGUGACGGUGUAAUGAUUACAGAAUGUGUGACAGUGUAAUGGUUACAGAAUGUGUGAUGAUGUAAUUAUUACAGAAUGUGUGACGGUGUAAUGAUUACAGAAUGUGUGACAGUGUAAUGGUUACAGAAUGUGUGAUGAUGUAAUUAUUACAGAAUGUGUGACGGUGUAAUGAUUACAGAAUGUGUGACGGUGUAAUGGUUACAGAAUGUGACGGUGUAAUGGUUACAGAAUGUGUGACGGUGUAAUGGUUACAGAAUGUGUGACGGUGUAAUGGUUACAGAAUGUGUGACGGUGUAAUGGUUACAGAAUGUGUGACGGUGUAAUGGUUACAGAAUGUGACGGUGUAAUGGUUACAGAAUGUGUGACGGUGUAAUGAUUAAAGAUAUUGUAUCAAUCCUGGUCAAUAUUCUGGUAUUUUCCACAGGUGUUGCUGAUUGAUGAUCAAAAUAUUAGCCAAACUUGAAAAAUAUAUUUAUAACUGCUGAAGGUGAUGACUGAUGUGGAGUGAAUGUUUUGCGGGGUGAUAAUACUGAUGGAAAAUACUUGAUUUGUUUAAACAGUUAUUUGUAAUUCCAUGCUUGAAACUUUGGGUAAAUCAUCUGAUAAAAGUAGCUCAGAUUGAUUUGUUUGUUUGUAUAGUUUAAUUUAUCUGAUAAAACUGACAGAUAUUGAAAGAUUUGUUUUACAUUUAUUGAACCCAUUUUGGAAACUUAAGGUAUAUCACAUUUUAAACUGCUGGGUAAAUAUCCUAGAUAUCAAUGGUUCCUUAUUCCAAGUUAAAGACAUGUUUGAUGUGUAUUUCUCCUAACCUCGACAGGGAUAUCCGCAGUUAGGGAAAAGACAAGCUACAUGUGCUCUGUUCACAUUCUCAACAAUUGUAUUUCAUUACGUCAACAAUACCAAGAUGGCACAGCAACAUUUCCUUGUAUUGAUAUAACGUCAAUAUUAGAUACAUAAGAGGGUAAACAGGGUAAGAGAAAAAUAAUCAUUCACCCCCAUGGACGUGAGACAGGGGAAUCUCAACCCUCAGGGUAAGAUCAUUAAGCCGCAAGCCUCGUGUUUACCAACUUAAGAAUCGUCCCCUCGGGUUGAGAUUCCCCUGUCUCACCCCCAAGGGGGUGAACAAUUCUAUUAUUCUCUUACCCUCAACAGGGAUAUCCACAAUUAUUCGGAUGAUAUUUCCUUUUCUCACCCUAUAGUUAAGACAAGUUCCACAUGGUCUUUGCACCUUCCUAACAAUUGUGAUUGUAUGAUGUAGCAGCAAUAAUACUAUGAUGUCACAUGUACAUCAACAGUAGUUUGACGUCAUGUCUACAAUUCAUUCAUGUUGAGUUCAAGAAUUGGUCCAAAAUCCCAAGAUGGCCACAAUGGCAGCCAUCUUUAAAAACACUUACUAACUUCUUCUCCAGUUCCAUUGGCACCAUUGGGCUAGAAAUUGGUGAGGAUGUUAGGAGGGGAGCCAACAGAGUGCUGUUAUCAUCAGCCUUGUAAAACCUAUGACAUGGCUGACAAAGUGGCAAUUUUCUAACAUGAUUGCGCAAUUAUGGUUUUCCUGAACAAGUUCAACACCUAUUUUAAAGUUCUUUUUCACGUUCCACCAGUGGGAUUCAGCUCUCUCUUACCUGAAAUGAUCCUGAGAUAUUCCUGACCAUUUUUUGGGUCGGUCAGAAAUCUUAUAUGGCCAACAGUGCCACUAUACUUACUACUGAGUAUGUAUACUACAAUAGUAUGAGGGUCUUAAGAGUCAGAUGACCGUUAAGGCCCAUGGUCCUCUUGUCUUGCAUUGAUGUAACAUCAAUGUUAGAUAUGGGGGUAAACAGGUUGGAGAAAAACAAUCGUUCAUCCCCUUGGGAGUGAGAAUCUCAUCCCUUGGGUAAGAUACUUGAGCUACUUAACACUUGGCAAGCCUCGUGUUUGGCAACUUAUGAAUCCUCCCACGCUCGAUGGGAUUCCCUUGUCUCACCCCUAAGUGGUGAAAGACUCUAUUAGUCCAUGGAAUUUCUUUGAAACUUCAGCACUGGCCCAUUAUUGUUACAAAAUGUUAUAUUAGUAUAUGUUGCAGUCCAGGGGAGAUAAUUUCAUAUUUCAGCUGAUGUUGGAUCAAUCUUUACAUUUGAGUUACUGACAAAGGGAGGUACCUUUUCCAUUACAAGAAGAGAUGCUAUUUAGGAAGAAAAUAACCCUAAACUUCAGUUGCUACGUACAAAAUAAUAAAUUCCCUAGUUAUGAAAUUUUCAACAGGGGGGCCAGGUUAAUUUGUAAAAAAAAACAAAAAUGUCACAGACAAGGGGAGGUAGCUUCGAAAGUAUUUAACCUAUUACAGAUAAAGGAGAGAAUGCUAAGUUGGCAAAAUUUGUGCCCAAACACAUGAAGGGAGAUAACUUCACGUGUAUUUGAGCUUUACAACCCUCUAAGCUGGUCUACAUAUCUUAUUAAAUAUAAAGAUCAGCAGAAUUAUGUCAGUAAUUUACAGUCAAUUUUAAAAUGUCGCCCAAAAUUUUUAGGAUUAAUAUAUUAAGGUUUAAAUUAUAUUACUUAUUUUUUCAUCAAAUGGACUUUUCUGAAUUGACAUCAAUUAGUACAGUGGUGUUAAUUUUACUAACGGAUCCUAUUUUUAACUGUAUGUUAAAAAUCUUAAUGGGGCAAUUUAAGAUGUGUAAUCAGCUUAAAUAUUUCCUGAACAUUUGGCCUCAGUUGAACAUUUCCUGAACAUUUGGCCUCAGUUGAACAUUUCCUGAACAUUUGGCCUCUGUUGAACAUUUCCUGAACAUUUGGCCUCUUUUUCCAACCGGUAAAUUUGUGUAACAUGUUUUAUUACAGUUGUCUGUUGAUGUUAACAAAUGAUGAACUUACAUGUGAUAUAAUAUGGAAUAUAAAUACUACGUGUUGGAAUAAAUAAGUUAUCAUAGACAA